UCUCUCUCUCUGUCUCUCUCUCUCACACACACACACUCUCUUCCUCACAUCCCUGCCUCUCUUCCCAUCACAUCGCCGGCUUCUUUGCCUCUCAUCGUCUGUGUCUCUCUGCCACGCAGUCAUCCUUCGGCUCCCACUCGUGUCAGCCGGCUCUUCCUCUGCGUGUCCUGCGGUCCGGCUGUGGUUCGUCUUCGCUCUGGAGCUUGAAGGAGGGCAGAGAGGCCAUGGAGCACAGCCACAUCUUCACCGUGCUGUCCACCAACUCCAGUUCCUGGAGUCCUCGCGGUUGCCCUCUCGGACAGUUUCCAGUCAUCUACUACAGUUCCUUGCUGUGCCUCGGCCUGCCUGCAAACAUCCUCACGGUGAUCAUCCUUUCUCAACUGGUGCUGCGGCGACAGAAAUCAUCUUAUAACUACCUACUGGCCCUGGCCAUAGCUGACAUCCUGGUCCUGCUGUUGAUCGUGUUCGUGGACUUCCUGUUGGAGGACUUCAUUCUCGGAGCGCCUCUGCCCCACUCACUCAACAAAGCGGUGCAAGUUCUGGAGUUCUCCUCUAUCCACACCUCCAUCUGGAUCACGGUUCCCCUGACCGUGGACCGAUACAUUGCCGUGUGCCAUCCGCUGCGCUACCACACCGUCUCCUACCCGGCCCGAACUCGCAAAGUGAUCUUGGCGGUGUACGCUGGAUGCCUGAUCACCAGCGUCCCAUAUUACUGGUGGCCGGAGCUGUGGCACGGGCUGCCGGGAGCAAGCGCUGGUGGCCGCAGUAGCAGCGCAGGCCAACACGUGUUGGUUUGGGUCCACUGUGCAACGGUUUACCUGCUCCCCUGCUCUGUUUUCUUCUCGCUCAACGCUAUCAUCGUACGCAAGCUUCGCUGCCGCCGUAGCUGCUUCCGUCUGCGUGGCUACUCCACUGGAAAAACCACGGCCAUCCUGCUGGCCAUCACCUCAGUGUUCGCCGUGCUUUGGGCACCACGCACCCUCAUGAUCCUUUACCACCUUUACACGGCCCAACCGGCGAUGCCUGGACCGGCCAGGCUGCUGCAUUUGGUCACAGAUGUGGCGAACAUGCUGGCGCUUCUCAACACCGGCGUCAACUUCUUCCUCUACUGCUUCAUCAGCAAACGUUUCCGCAGGAUGGCCGGCACGGUGCUAAAGGCCCUUUUCCGAUGCAGGAAGCAGCCGCCGCCAUUUUACGCCAGUCACAACUUCUCCAUCACCAGCAGCCCUUGGAUCUCACCAGCCAACUCGCACUGCAUUAAGAUGCUGGUGUACCAGUACGACAAGAACGGCAAACCAGUCUGCAUAUCCUCCUGAAUGCCAACUCAAGUCAUUCUGUACCAAUAUAACGCUGGCUACUAAGUCAGACGAGCUUGGGAAAAGUCCUUCCCGACUGGUGAUGAGCUGAAGGCGGUGAUCAGUUUGUUGGAAAGUGCCUCAACGAAAGAUUCAGUGUCAGGUUCAGAGACAUCUUACAGCCAAAAUGUGGUUCUUUCUCUGGCAAAAAAAAUAAACAGGAGUGGUCAUUAAGCUAUAACAUGCCUACGCCUUUCAGGAUAUUAAUGCAAAAAAAGACUCAGUCUCAAAGUCAAGAGAAAUUAUGAAAGGCUUGUGCGCAUUCCAGUCAAUGACUGUCCAGUAAGACCAAUGUAUGUUGAUGUGAUUUAAAGAGUUUGUCUCUAGUAGGGCUGGGCAAUAUAAAAAAAUAUAUAUAAAAAAAUUAUAUCUCACUAUUUAUUUCAAAUUUUGACAAUAUUUGUUAUAUAUAUCAAUACUUUUCCAUUUGCUUUCUAUAAAUUUAAAAAGGUGGGUUUUUUGGCCCUCAUGAAAAAUUGUUUACUGCAAAAUGAACACUACUUAAAAAAAGUAUUUAUCUAAUUUAUAUUACUCUCUUAUUUACAUCACGUUUGCAUAGUUAUUAGGGCUGGGGAAAUAAAUGGAUGCAUCACAAACUGAGAAAUGAUUCAGCAUCAGUUCUGAGAUUUUCUGAAUACUUUGCGGUUCUUUCUGGAGUAAAAUCUGAGCUUAGUUUUGAACAGCAGAUGGCACUGCUUGCUUUAGAAACAGCCAUACUCUGCACUGUAAAAAAAAAAAAAAAAAUAAAUAAAUAAAUAAAUAAAAUGUUGAGUCAACUUGUUACAAUUUGUUACCCUGCUGCCUUAAAAUUUUAAGUUCAGUCAACUCAAAUAAGUUUAGUCAACUUGAAAUGUUAAGUUGUACUAAGUCACAACUUAGAUAUUUGAGUUGACUAAACUAAACAUUUGGUUUGCUAAUCUUAAAAGCUGGGCUUCUUAUCCAGCUGCCUAAAAAUUGUUAAAAGUUAAAUCAACUCAAAUAUAUAAGUUGUCACUUAACUUAACAUUUCAAGUUGACUUAACUUUUUUGAUUUGACUUAACUUAACAUUUUAAAGGCAGCCAGGUAACAAAUUAUUUUAAGUUGACUCAACAAAUUGAUUUUUACAGUGUGCAAUUCUGACCUUUUUUCUCUCAUAAUUGUAAGACGCAAACACAAACUCACAAUUACGAGUUGUAAAGUCAGAAUUGUGAGAUAUAAGCUCACAAUUCUGAGAGAAAUAGACAAUUAUGCGAAAAAGUCAGAAUAGUGAAAAAAAAAGAAUUGCGAGAUAUAAACUCAGAUGCGAGUUCAGUGGCGAUUCAGUUAUUCGGAGGUGGGAAAGGCUUCCAUAAGCAAUCUGUGAGCUUGUAGAAUAAAGAAAGUGGACUGAGUGGAUUGUGACUUUCAUGCCUCUGAUUGGUCAGUGCUUGUGAUUGGUUACAAUGCUUAAUGCUGUUAAACGCUGAAAAUAGAAACCUUUGAUGCUCUUCACAACGCACUCACACACAUGGGCAUGGGAGCACUUGAAAUCCCACAAAACAGCUAUAUUCAUCACAUAUUACCUUAGCUUUUAACAUGAUCACAAUUUACAUGAUAUUCUACAUUUUUAACUUCAGUAUUCGAUGUAUUGCCCAGCCCUAGCCUCUAGCAUGGUUUCAGUUGAAUGCGCACCAAAGCAACAUUUCCUGUGAAGAAAAAAGGAUUCAAAGCUGGAGCCAACGAGAUGUUACUGUAUGUGAACCACCUUUCCCCUCUCACCUUCUCAGCAGAGAGACAGAGCCCUCCCUCCCUGUGUGACAUUAAAAAAACCACGCUGGCAUUUUCGUUUAAUAUGCUGUUGGUCUCCAAGGGCCGGUCGCAAACAGCACAAGCUCUUAUUAAAGAAUCAAGCCUUUAGAUAUGCUCAGUGCUGGAAACCUGCUUCGUUAUUACUGCCUGAUGAAGAAUAACAAAAACGCAAUGACUUCUGCUUCAGCAAAAAGCUUCUGGUGCAACUGACUGUUAAGUGUACAAUUAAGGCAAAAAAUACCUUCAGAAAGGAAUUAUUCUUUAUCGGUUAAAUCAAUAUUCUAAGCAACGUCGACACUCAUUGCUCAGUACAUGCACAGAUUUUCUAUCACAGUGACAAACACUAAAUAAUUAAGACUUUUCAACUUCUGUCACACACGUACGCACACUCAUUUAUCCUUUCCCGGGCAGCCUCAAGAAGAAAGAAGGUGAAAAAGAGAAGGCUUUUCAAAUAAAAUCAAUUGCUGUCUCCAGAGUGAGCUAUUGGAGGAAACCACAUUCAUUUAUCUUCACUGCGGCGUGGAGUAACAGGCUGCCAUCUGGAGUGCUUUAACUGUGGUGCAUAUAUAUUUAAUACAGCGGGGAACAUGUGCGUAGAUAAGGUAGACAACUUAAAAAUGUAUGAUCUCUGUCGUAGACAAGGCUGUGUCCACCUGUCUCAUUACACCAGGGCCAACUAUGAAUGCUAAAUGCUGUGUUGGUGUUGAAAUGUAAAAGAGACAAAUGGUGUCUUUCAGGACUGAAAGCGGUUACUUUCCAUUACAGCGUCCAUUUAAAAAAUUGGCCUUUUUGUGGCUUUUAGUCCAAUCCCUGAAGAGCAGUUUGAGGUAUGUAUGCUUGCAUACACCUUAAAGAUGAUAAGUGUAGUUUACACAUUUAAAAUGUUUGAUCUUUCACUUUCAGGGUAAUGGACGAAAAUUAUUAACUUGUUGUCUUGUUUGCAAGGUCACACGUUCUUUCUAAUAAUGCUCCUCCAUACAAAUAAGUGAAUAUGGACUUAUAAGUGAAACAUGUGACUAUUUUUUUGUCUUUAAAGAGUAUACAAACUUACAUACCGCAGUGCUGGGUAGACUGCUUACAAACUGUAGUCUGUUACUGAUUACAAAUUACAGUACAUGAUGAAAAUUAUAGUCAGUAAUGUAAUCUAGAUUACUAAUUUUAGGUAAUGUAUUCUGACUACUUUUGGAUUACUUUUAGAUUACUUUUGACCUAACUUGUUUAUUUAAAGCUGCAGUCCAUAACUUUUUUUGUGUUCAGAAUUUACAAAAUGUAUAUGUGACCCUGCACCACAAAACCAUUCAUAAGGGUAAAUUUUUGGAAAUUGAGAUUUAUACAUCUGAACAAAUAAGGUUUCCAUUGAUGUAUGAUUUGUUAGGAUGGGACAAUAUUUGGCCGAGAUACAACUAUUUGAAAAUCUGGAAUCUGAGGGUGCAAAAAAAAAAAAAAAAAAAAAAAAAACACUGAGAAAAUCGAAUUUGAAGUUGUUCAGAUAAAGUCCUUAGCAAUGCAUAUUACUAAUCAAAAAUGAACAACAAAAUAUCUUUAUGGAACAUGAUCUUUACUUAAUAUCCUAAUGAUUUUUUGGCAUAAAAAAAAUCGAUAAUUUGACCCAUGCAAUGGAUGAAUAUUAGAAAACAUGCAAGUGUGUUAUUAAAUUAUUGAAAUAUUACAUUUAAAUCUCAGGGGGAGUUCAAGUAAAUAUUUUAGGUCAAAGUGGUUUGACUGACGAAAAGGUUUGGGAAUCCAUGUAUCACAUGAAUAAACAUUAAUAAACAUGGAAACACCAUUGCAUGCUCAAAGUCUUCCAGGUUUACAUCAGUUGUACAUCAGCAGUGUUUAGUAAUUUGCGUAAUUAUUUAUUUAAUACACUGUGAACUUGACAGAGAGGUGCUUUUGUCCCCAGAUUCAAAUGCAUAGGUGGUAAAUUAAUUUACAUGACAUUUACAUGGCAAUUAUUUACAUGGCUAUAUUGUAAAUACUCAUUGUUUUCAAUAUGAUGAAUUUUUUUUUUUUUUUUUUUUUUUUUUUUUUU